UGCUCGGACGUCGUCAAAAAACCUAAGCUUGAUCAGCACGGCGCUCGCUGCCAGUCCUCAUUCACAUGCGUUGACUGCCAUACGACUUUCUACAAGCCUACGGAGUGGAAGGGGCACACUACUUGUAUAAGCGAAGCGGAGAAGUACCAGAAAGCUCUGUACAAGGGUCCCAAGGGUCAACAAAACGGCGGGAACCGCAAUCAGAACCAGAAA